CCCAUCGCCAACAUCGUCAUGCGUGUGUCUGCGCCUGGCAAGGUGCUGAUCACGGGAGGGUACCUCGUCCUCGAGCCUUCCUUCUCGGGAGCAGUCAUCGCAGCGAGCUCUCGCUUCCACACGUCCAUCACUGUGGAGUCCCUCGAAGGGAGCGAUGACGACCCAUCAUCCGCAUCGUCCACCUCUGUCCCGGUCCGUGUCUUCAGUCCCCAGUUCCAUCAAUCCAUGCAUGGCGAGUUGUCGGCCACGUCGUUCCGCUUCGCCCACGACAGCGUCCAAAACUGUUACGUUGAGAAAACCAUCGGCAUCUGCGUGGUCGCGCUAGUGGGUCUCCUUGGCGCCGCCGCCUUUGAAGGUCGUAUCCGCGACAUGCUCCGCCGCCGUCAAACUCUUGUCAUCACGCUCGAGGCUGACAACGACUUUUACUCGCAACGAGACCAACUGCGCAGUCGGGGGUUAGCAGUUAGCCGCACAGCCCUGGCGUCGCUGCCUCCGUUUUUACCCAGCCUUGUGGACGAAUCUGGCCAGGCCAAGGUGGCCAAGACUGGCAUGGGCAGCUCCGCCGCACUUAUCACGUCCCUCGUCGGCGCGCUGUUAGGAUUUUUCGACGCCGCGCAAUUGCCUACGAAAGCCGGACCCCACGAUACCUCCACCCAAGCUGGCGUGACCCUCGUGCAUAACUUGGCUCAGAUCGCUCAUUCUAUCGCCCAAGAAAAGAUUGGAUCUGGCUUUGACGUGUCGGCGGCCGUGUAUGGGAAUCAGCAGUACAAUCGUUUUCGCCCUGACGAAAUCCAACCAUUUUUGGCCGACGACGUCGAAACAGUCGACCCGGUGGCGUUGGCGGCGCAGUUGACGGCGCCGUGGGACAAUGUGGUCCGACCAUUUUGUUUGCCGGAGGGCAUGCACAUGAUUAUGGGCGACGUGAAUGCUGGGUCCGCGACCGUGUCCAUGGUGCGCAAAGUGCUGACGUGGCAAUCCCACGAUCCCGUCGGCGCCGCCGCCCUCUGGGCCGACUUGAACGCGCAGAACAUGGCCAUUCCAGCCUUGUUUGAACAACUGCAUGCAUUGCAAGCUCAGGAUUCAGCUCUCACGAACACAACCAAGCAGCGCAGUGUGUCCGAGUUGCUUGAAGAGCUCAGUCGGAUGCCGUUCCACGAGUGGACAGCAGCGGAUGCAGUGGUGGGGACGCUCUUGACGUCGCUACGUACGACGUUUCAAGGGAUUCGAGCCCUCUUGCGGAAUAUGGGGGAGUUAGCUCAAGUGGGCAUUGAACCAACGGAUCAAACCGCGUUGAUUGAUGCGACGAUGGCCGUACCUGGCGUGCUUUUCGCUGGGGUUCCUGGAGCUGGCGGCAACGACGCCAUCUUUGCGAUCGUUUUGCAUGUGGAUGUACUGGAUGCAGUUGAAGCCUUUUGGUCCACGUGGACGGCUACCAGUGUGAGUGCGCUCUUGGUGGACGCCGCGCCAAACGGGUUUCAAGGCGGCCUCCUUCGUCACAACGAAUGACGACCUCCAAAUAGUGUGCAUGUGCUGCGACACAAUAGACAUAUUCGAGACGAUAAUGAAUAGAGUUUGGACACUAUAAAGAUUUUAAGUGGUCGACCUCCCGCACCAUGGCCACGGCCGGAUCGAUAUCGAGCAUGGAGGGAAUCCGCAUCUUGAUGGGAACGAAUGCCCCGGUCGGAGGACAUGUCUCGUCCUCGUCAGAGCUACUGGUCGACGACGAUGCACUAUCACUGUCGUCGUUGCUCUCGUCAUCAUGGCUACUUUCAUCAGAGUCAUCGAUAUCGUGAGCGGGCACAGCAAUCGGAGCGGUUCGACGUUGUUGGCUUGGCCCGUCAAAGAUAAACGAGAACGCCAUCCGUGACAAUGCAUUCGACAUGUAGAAUGUACCCACGACGGUUGCCAGGAACGUCGCUACCGUCGGCCAACUCCAUGUGUCGCGGAAGAAGAUCUCGUUCACGGCGCGGCGCAACGUUGCUUCCAUUGCCA